AUGUCAUCUUUCCCUGUUCAGCCCACGUUGCAUGAGAAUUCCUGUCUGGUGAAGUUUUCGCACUCCCUGAAUCUUCUUUUCUCCAUUGCCAUCCCCUUUUUUGGGACGCAUUCUACGUACAUUGAGAAUGGCCGUUCCCUCUGUCAAUGGAAAUACCUUGCGUUUGGCAUAGCUACCCAUCGUGCGGAGGAUUGGACCGUCGCUUGUUUGCUGAAGUCCGAAUCUGUCUGCCAGUCUCGCAAUUGUGGGCAUGCUUUGAACUUGGAACGAGGCCGACGAUUUCCCGACUGGACCAUAGUCGCUCGACUCUGGGGCUUUCAAAGCUCGACUAACUCCCUCGGUUGCAUCGUGGCUGCCUCGAAAAGCGGCACCCGGAUUGCUGUGGCCAACUGGAAGGUCCUCUACGUCUGGGCGCUAGAGCCCACGGCGCUCAUACAACAGAAUAAAAACGGAUUCUAUCCGCCUUCGUCACAAUCUGGCGAGACGAUUGAGUUACGACCAAUCGUACUCCCCCUGGACGCUGUGUGCUUUAAGCUGAAGUUUAUGCACAACGAAGACGAACUAAUAGCUUUCACGGAUCGGGGAGUGAUGCAUUGGGAUCUUCGCCCAUCUGGAAGCGGUCUGCGAUUAACCAAACAGCUUGAUAUCAAAUAG